CUUUAAUCAAUUUAAGAAUACUUAAGCUUAUGCAAACACUAUGAUGAUAAAUUCAAAACUUAUUUUACCAUUUUUCAUUUGAUAUUGCAAUGAGUGUGAAUUAUCUUGAAAUAUUAAUAAUUUUAACACAGUUCAGUACAAUUAUUUCUGCACGUAAUAGCCCUAAACGUGAUUUAGCCUGUAGAGAUGAUCAUCCAGAGUAUUUAUUGUAUCCAGGUGAUGUUUUACUGGGUGGAUUAUUUCCAAUUCAUCAACGUCCAGUUAUUAGUAAAGGAAUAUUACAAGAACCUAAAUUGACUGCAACUGGAUAUAAGAUGUUAGAAGCAAUGCUUUACGCAAUCGAUGAUAUUAAUUCUCGUCAGAAUUACUUAAAUUUUACGCUUGGGGCUUUAAUUUUUGAUACUUGUGCAAAUCCAGAUAGUGCUUUAUUUCAAUCACUUCAUUUCAUCGUAUUUAACAGUCUGUUGGAUAAUUCUUCAAAGGCGGAUAACUAUAGAACACAUUCUGUUCGUCGUAGGCCAAUGGAAACUUAUGUUUUAGCAAUCAUCGGUGGUUUACAAAGUGACGUCUCUAUUAGUGUGGCGAAUGUUCUUAAAUUCAUGUAUAUACCACAGAUCAGUUAUAUGUCUUCUUCAUCACAAUUAGAUGAUGCAGACAAGUAUAAAUACUUUUUAAGAACAGUUCCAAGCAUGACUGAAACUAUAGACGUCAUUAUUGAACUGUUGAGGAAAUAUAACUGGUUCUAUGUCAACGUGGUACUGGACAACUCGGAACAUGGUGAAUCAAAUUAUGGUGUUUUUAUGGAGAAGCUUAGUCAAUAUAGUGGAACUAUAUGUGUUGCUAAGGAUGUUAGACUGAUAGCUUAUCCUUUGGAUGCUAAAGAUAUUGGUAAGAGAUUGAAAAGUUUAUUGGACUCUCCAGCUACAGUGAAUAUUUUAUUAGUAACACCAGCAACUGCAAGUUUAACUAUUCAUGAACUUCUUAAAUGGAAUCAGUCGAGUCGUGAUCGGUUUCUAUGGAUUGGUACAAAUGGUCUGAUUUCAACUUACAGUGAAUUACAUGUUGAUGAUGAUGAUGACGAUGAUUUGAAUCCAGCCUACAUACACCAUUUUACUGGAUUUAAGAAGUUUAUUUUAGUUAUGCCACAUUUAACUGAAAAAGAGAAAUUAAAGGACUAUUCCGUGAACCUUCAAAGAACAUUCAAUCUAACCAGCUGGACAAAUUCUUAUCUACUACAAUUCUGUGGUUGUUUACCAAACGACGUUGACUUAUACAAUUCGAGUGGUAAAGUGUGCACAAUAGGUGAAGAAGAAGAGUGUUUGUCAUUUCUUCACAAAGAUUCAAUUUAUUAUGUCCCUCAAGUCGUCAACUCUGUGUAUGCAGUUGCAAACGCACUAAGACAAAUAUUCAUCCAAUUUCCCACGUUGAAAUGGCAUGAUAAGUCUAGUGAACAAAUGAGAAAGUUACUCUUAACUCAACUACAUCAAUGUCAGUUUAAAGGUUUCGGAGAUGAAGUGUUUUCAUUUUUUGAUAAGCGCAAUGGUCAACCAAAGUUUACAGUGUUAACGUUCAUACCGUAUACGUUGAAGUGGGAAGUGUUGGCUCAAUAUGAUGCAUUAAGAAGUCCAAAUUUCCAUUACAUAAAUGAAAAUAUUUCCACCUUCAUACACAAAAGUAUUCCAGAAUCAGUGUGUUCUAAACCAUGUCACACAGGACAAAUAAAACGUGUUGAUUGGGGUCGUUCUUGCUGCUGGACUUGUGUAAAUUGUUCGGCUCAACAGAUAGUCACUUCAUCCGUGUUCGAUCAAACAAAUAAUGCACAUAACUUGAGAAGUAUUCAACAAAGCAUGUCCACAAUGUGUCAGUUUUGCAAUCCCGGCUACAGACCGAAUAAAAAUCAAACAAAGUGUCAGAUGUUACCAAUAAGAUACAUGUCGAUAAAUGAAAAGGCUGCACAAACGUCUGUUGGUAUCUCGUCUAUCGGUUUAAUCCUAUGUCUGGUUGUAUCAGUUAUAUGCAUAAAAAAUUGGCAAACACCUAUUGUCAAAGCAUCAGGGAAAGAAACAUCAGUCAUAUUAUUUCUUGGUAUCAUACUGUCGUAUAUAUCAGGUGAACUAAUUCUCGCCUUACCACCAUCAACAUUUAUAUGCAACUUUGCAAUAUUCUCAGUUGGCGUCUGUAUUACACUCACAUAUUCAGCUAUUCUUGCCAGGAGUUCACGAAUUAAUUCAAUAUUUCAAAUAAAUGAACUACAAAUGUUGAAAGUUCAGAAGAUCUCUGGUCCGAAAUCACAACUCAUUAUAAUUGGUGUGUGCUGCGUCACACAAAUAAUCGUUUUAAGUAUAAUCUGUGGUAUUACACCAACUUUUCCAAGUCUAGUUCUAUCUGAUUAUGAAUUAAAUUCACCUUAUUCAGCAAUGGAUACAAGAAGCUCAAUGAUUAUAUUUAAAGAUGGUAAUUCCACUAGAAUCAUCAAGACUGAUAAACAGUUAAUUGUACAUGGGUUAUCAUAUAAUUUAAUGUUGUGUUUCCCAGAUUUUACCAUUAAACAAAUUAUUACAAUAUUUAUACCACUGAUAUUAAUGUGUUUGUCGACUGUAUAUGCAUAUAAAAUACGCAAAGUUCCGAGUGGAUUUAAUGAAGCUAGAGCUUUAGCUUUUGUCAAUUACAUUAAUUGCAUUUGUUUUAUUACAACACCAGUACUUAUGUAUUAUGCUCAGAAGACUACACUGGAAUUAGUACCAUUGAGUUUCUUACUAAUGGCUACUGCUACAAAUGAAUUCAGUGUAUUGAUUUUACCGAAGAUAUACAUUAUUCUGUUCAGACCGUAUAAAAAUACGAGGGCUAGUAUUAUGCAACGUCUUAGAGGACUAAGUGAAGUUGAAUGCAUGGAGUGGAUCAACGAGGUUGCAUCUAGGAGUCCGCCUGGUGUAUUUUCUAUCUCUGGAGGUAAGGUUCUAAACCCUUGGUUGAAAAUACGAGAAUUGUCCUCAAAAUCUCUUUUUGCUUCAACAAAUGACCGAUCAAACUGUGCGAAGAAUAAAUCUGAAGUGAAAACUGCUGAUAAUAAGAUGGUUGGACUGAAUCAUAAGUGUUUAAUUACUGAAUUUUCAUACGGCAAUUCCAUUGAUACGAGUCAUCGCAACUUUAACUCCUCCACAGAAAGUGCAGACAAAGAUGAACAGAUCACAUUUCGGAUGAGGCCCAAAGUAGUUUCCUUUGUGGAAAGAUACAACAGUGAGAAUCGUGAUAAGAAGUCCGCCAGUUUUCAUCAGGCUACAAAUCAAAUUAGGGCUAGUAAGACAAAAAACGACCAGUGCGAUAAUAAUGACAGUAAACACAUUGAUGAUAAUCAGAGAUGGAUGAAUCGAAAUAAUACUUCAUAAACUGUACCUACUAUGGAAGUGAUAGCUGAGUGGAAACAAUUUCCAUAUUUCAUAUUUCGAAGGUAUAAAAACGUGCUUUGUACUGUGUGAUUUCUGGUUAUUAUAUGCUACGACACUUCAGCCUUUGUUCGGAUCAUCUUUUGUUCUACGAUUUUCAAUGUUUGUAAUCGUUUCUAUGACAAAUUUAACAUCAGCUGAAAAGUCUUAUAUCCACAACAUGAAAUUACACUCAUUUAUAAUGUUCACCUGUUUUAUAAUGCAGAAUUUCCG